GGUGUGAGGGACGUCGGUCGGUGGGGGAAGCGGCUGCUCGGUUGUUUGUGUCGCUUCUCGCAGCCUCGGUGCGAACGGGAGCUCGGGCCCCGGGAGGGGGGAGAGAGCGGAGCGGCCGGAGGAGGAGAGCGGAGGACGGGGGGUUGGAGGGAAGCCAUUACAUGUGAAUGCACAUUGUCAAACCAAACAGCAUGAACAGGAACAAACGUGACAACCAGUUCUACAGUGUGGAGGUUGGGGAUUCCACCUUCACUGUCCUGAAACGCUAUCAAAACUUGAAGCCCAUUGGUUCAGGAGCACAGGGCAUUGUAUGCGCAGCCUAUGAUGCAAUUCUCGAUAGGAAUGUGGCUAUCAAGAAACUCAGCCGACCAUUUCAAAACCAGACCCAUGCGAAAAGGGCUUACAGAGAAUUAGUCCUCAUGAAGUGUGUCAACCAUAAAAAUAUAAUUGGCCUGCUGAAUGUAUUUACACCACAAAAAUCACUUGAGGAAUUUCAAGAUGUUUACAUAGUGAUGGAGCUUAUGGAUGCUAAUCUCUGUCAAGUGAUUCAGAUGGAACUAGACCAUGAGCGAAUGUCUUAUCUACUGUAUCAGAUGCUGUGUGGCAUCAAGCACCUUCAUUCAGCUGGCAUUAUACACCGGGACCUGAAGCCAAGUAACAUAGUAGUGAAAGCAGACUGCACACUGAAGAUCUUAGAUUUUGGACUGGCAAGAACAGCAGGAACUAGUUUUCUGAUGACGCCUUAUGUGGUUACACGAUACUACCGUGCUCCAGAGGUCAUUCUAGGAAUGGGAUAUAAAGAAAAUGUUGAUAUCUGGUCAGUUGGGUGCAUCAUGGGAGAAAUGAUCAGAGGUGGUGUGUUGUUCCCUGGUACAGACCACAUUGAUCAGUGGAACAAAGUGAUUGAGCAAUUAGGAACACCGGCCUCUGAGUUCAUGAAGAAGUUACAGCCAACAGUUAGGACGUACGUUGAGAACAGGCCCAAGUAUACAGGCUACAGUUUUGAGAAACUCUUUCCAGAUGUUCUCUUUCCUGCGGACUCUGAGCACAAUAAACUGAAAGCAAGUCAAGCCAGAGACUUGUUGUGUAAAAUGCUUGUAAUAGAUGCAUCAAAGAGGAUUUCUGUGGAUGACGCACUGCAGCACCCUUACAUUAAUGUUUGGUAUGAUCCUGCGGAAGUAGAAGCUCCUCCGCCCAAGAUCUAUGACAAGCAGUUAGACGAGAGGGAUCACACUAUAGAUGAAUGGAAAGAGUUGAUAUACAAGGAAGUCCUGGAGUGGGAAGAAAGAAUGAAGAACGGCGUUAUAAGAGGACAGCCACCUUCUUUAGGUGCAGCAGUGAUCAAUGGUUCUCAUCACCCAUCAUCAUCUUCAUCUGUCAAUGAUGUAUCCUCCAUGUCAACAGAUCCAACACUGGCCUCAGAUACAGACAGCAGUCUAGAGACAUCGGCAGGACCUCUGGGUUGUUGCAGAUGACUAGCCUUCCUCUCUCUGGGUUCUUACUGUUUGCGCUAAAUGAUAGAGAGGGUAGACCAGCUUUUAAAAAGCUCUAAUUUCAUUUUAAUUUUAUUGGAAUCAGUUUGCCAUAGAAUAUCUUUGAAUUAUGUUGGAUUUUGACACAGUAACUUAAAUACAGCAAUGUUUAGUGUGGGGCAAUAACCCUUAAGCAUGACUUGUACAUUUGCAAAGGACUUACAUUUAACAUCACUACAUCUAGGUCUGUUUUGGAGGAAGAAGAAUCAGAAAAAUACAGAUAAGCUCCAGCCUCCAACGUGCAAAGGAGCAGCUUAGUUAGGCUCAUUUUCACUCUCGCAUGAAGUGAAUUCUGCCCUUUAAAUAUUCUGGGAUCUUUUCUACUCCGCUUGGCUCACUGUUAGUUGUGGACUAGGACAAUAAGUUACCAUGUUUCCAAACCAGAUUGCCAGUGUCCGUAAUAAACCUUAGCUGACCGUGGCUUGCCUGCUUAAACAUCCAAAGCUGAGCCUGAGUGUGUCUUAAACUUUAAUGCAGCCAUUUUGAGUAAGGCUACUGGGUGCAGGGUUGGGAAUAACGACACCGGUAUAAACUAUCACCUCUCCUUGUGUUAGGCUGAUGGAGAGGAGUAGAACUGAGAAGUAAUAAUGUGACACCAGGAAGAUUAGACAUCACAAGACUGAACAAAUGUCUUAUUUCUUGACUGAGUGCCAGCUCUGAAUUAAUUAUAAUAAGAUCACAUUGCCCCUAAUGAGCAGUUCUUUCUAAUUACAAGUGAUUUGGUUAAUUCCUUUCUAUUAUUCUAGGAGUUCACGGUGUAGAAUGCCCAGUAAUAAAAGUGGUUUAAUUUGUAGCUGGCUUUUCCUAACACAACUUGACAAAAUGUCAACUUUGACGAGAAUCAAUGGCGUAGGGUUAUAUUCCAGACAAACAUUAGAUCUGUCACUUGUAAAGUGUGUAAUGUCUCCAGAGGUUUUUAAAUAAUUGAUGAACUACCUCACACAAUCAAUGUACUAUUUCAAGGACAUCAAGCUGCCCACUUUCCGACCAGUCAGUACAACAUGGAACGUAAUUGUUAAUUUAUUUCUGUUGUUGAAGAGUCUCUGGUCCACCACCAGGAGUUAACCAAGUUCACAGCUGAAACUGUCGUGUAGAAGGAAAUAUUGUUAUACCUGUACUUUGUAUGUUAGAGAAAUGUUUAAUGUGUUUGUAUAUUUGUUUUCUCAUAGUCAAUGUGCAAUAAUAUUUGCAAGUUGUGAUACAAAUUUGAUUGUAAAAAUGGAAAUAGCUGUGAUGUGGUAUACUUAUUUUUGAGGACAUUGUAGGGAUGUGAAAGGAUUGUAGAACUUUUUCCCGUACAAUGAAUUGUAAGAUUGUUCUAAGUGCCAUGGUUAGGUGGCUGAGGGCACGUCUCUGCAUCUGCUCCUUGGGUUAGUUUCUAUUCUUAGUGCAUACAUGUUGAAUAAUUUUUUGCCUCCCUCCUCACCCCCCCCCUUCCAAAAUGGGCAUAUCCAGCAAAAAAAACUUACGGAAUGUCUGCAGCAGGUUGGAUGUUAUAUAUUUAAAAAAAAUCAAGUAAUGUUCAUUUGAAUGAACCAAUUCAUCCUCGUAGAUGGCAGUCUGACUGAAAGCAGCUCUUUAGUUACAUCACAAAGUAGAAUGUUUUUUUUGUCUCAUGAGUGCUUACUCGAUAUAUUUAGCACUAGUGGAUUUUAGGAUGUUCACUGGUAGAGUGAUCUGACAUGAGCAAUUUCCCAGGGCAUAGGAUGACAUACAGAUUUUCUAACAUCUGUCUUCAACAGCUUCUGAAAUGAUGAUAACUCCUUCUAUUAAGAAUUCUCUGAACCACCCUCAGCACAGUCAAAGCUUUAAUCCUUUUGUGCUAGAAAUGGAUCAUCCUUUAACACCACUGAUUAGGGUGUGGAGAUAAGAUUUAAAUGCCUGUCUGCUUAUCGUGAUUACAAAAGGAUUAACAAAUUUAAAUCAUGUCUAAGAUUUAAUGAAACAUUUCCACUCAAUUUUUUUUUGCAUAAUUUUAAUAUAACUGACAUUUGAACCAGGUUGAAAGUUAGAUGCAAACUUGUUUAUUUUCAAUCUAGUGAUUUUGAUACUUAAACUUUAAAGCUCACAUUCUUUGAGAACCACACCUGCCUUUUGUCCCCUUCUUGGUGUGGUGAAAUUACCUGCCUUGAAAGAAAAAGCAAGUGUAAAUGCUGGAAAUCUUCACACUGAACACAGUAACAAAACAAUAAGGUCAUUCAGCCGCUGGAAGAGGAACUGGUUAAGGUUUGCCACAACGUCCAGUUAUCAAUUCAAAAAAAAUAAGCCAGUCUUUUCACAGGUAUUGACUUUCCUGCUUUGAAUUUAGCAGUAUUUUCUGUUUCUAUCACGGUUUGUUUUUAGUGUUUUAAACCAAGAGAACACCAAAAUUGCUGCAGUGGUUCUGAAUGUUGUCUGUUUUCAUUUAAAUAUUUUUUAAAAAUCAAUUAUCCUGUUUCCCAGAGCUUAUUCUCCUCUUCCCUCAGUGAAAAUUAUUUAGUCACUGAUUUCUCACAAUUUUAUUGUGUGUGUGUGUGAGAGAGAGAGUCGUAUACAAAUACUUAUGCUGUCAGUGCCAAAUUUCUAAGGGGGCAGAAGAAAUUGUUUUUGUUAACUGUAAUGCUUUCACAAAAUUUGUCACUCACUUGCAUAUUAUCCUCUCUGGAUUAAUUCCUUCAGUGAGCUCUUUUUUUUAUAUAUCCAGGGUGACCCUCAAUAGUUCCAACAUUUUACGUGAAGCUACACUUUGUGAAUUUGUAUUUCAUGCUUUGUCAAUGCUUCAUAAUCUUCCAAUAUGGAAAAAAAAUAAAUGUUGGAAGUGG